UGAAUUAUUUCUGGAAUUUUUUUCAAUACAGCUUCAAUAGCUGAUGGAUAUUUUUCUUAAAGUUAUUUGUCUUCGAUUUAAUUAUAAGUAUGUUUAGCAUAAUUCUCUAACAUCGUUAAAUAUUCAUGAAUAUACCAAAUACAAUUUAUCUAGCAAGUCAAAUUUUACCUUUAUUUUUUUUCUUCUCCAGCUCCAGAAUACGGCCUUAUCAUUUUUAUUAAAAUAUCAAGUAUUUAAAAAUGUAUUUCUAUAGAAAUUUCAUCGUUAAUGCUCAUUAUAGAAGAUUAACUUUAUAUAUCUUAUUGAUAAUUUCCCUACUUACUUUUAAUAUCUUCAAGAAAACUCUUCAAACACUAUUCUGAAAUAAGACGUACAUCCUUUAUAUCGUGAGAUGUGAA